CUGCAUAUGUUUUUUUUAGGUAUGGUGAUAUGGUCCCAAAGACAAUAGCUGGGAAGAUUUUUGGCUCCAUAUGCUCUUUAAGUGGUGUUUUAGUCAUUGCGUUACCAGUUCCUGUAAUAGUGUCCAACUUCAGUCGGAUAUAUCAUCAGAAUCAACGAGCAGAUAAACGCAGAGCGCAAAAGAAAUCAAGACUUGCAAGGAUUCGGGUGGCAAAGAGUGGAAGUGCUAAUGCUUAUUUACAAAGCAAACGUAAUGGUAUAUUAAAUGAGGGCUCACGUGACGAGCAAAAAAAGACUGGGUCUACAUUUGCAACACAACAUCACCACCUGCUACAUUGUCUGGAGAAGACCACGGGGUUAUCUCAUGUUGUGGAUGAGCCCAUCUUACCACUAAGUCCUUCACCCAACAUUCAGAAUCAUGAAUUUGUGGAUGAGCAAACGUAUGAAGAAAACUGCAUGGAAGUGUCUACUAUAAAUAAACCAAGAAACCACAGUCCCUCUUUGUCUUCAAAACAUGACAGACGUAGCCUUUGUUGUACUAGAAGGAAUAAAAAGAAUCUGCACGUUCCAAAUGCUAAUAUUACAACAUACAGCCACCAUGGAAACCUUCAAGAGCUUAGUGCUAUCCAGAUCCAGAAUAUGGAAAGAACUCCCUUGUCCAACAGUCGUUCCAGUUUAAAUGCCAAAGUGGAAGAAGCUAUUAUACUAAACUGUGAGCCGCCAUAUGUCACCACAGCAGUAAUAAGUAUCCCAACACCGCCAGUGACAACCCCAGAGGAAGAUGGUAGAGCACAGUCACCGUACUACUCACAAAGGAACAUUGUAAGGGUGUCAGCACUAUAAGACCUGCUCAAAGAGGAUUUUUUUUUUUUUAAGAACACAAAAGCUGCAGUCAUCCCAGAAAGAAAUGAAAACAGUGAAAGCUUCCCAAGAUUUUCAAACAGUAAAUUAUUUGCAUACUAAUAGGACAAGACAAACACAUUUGAAUAAUGCAAUGGGACUGAAUAACAGAUCUUCCAACUGAAUAUCCGUGUGACUACAUACAUGAGCACAAUGAAAGAUUGCCCAUUGAAGUUUUCCUCUUUCUUUUUUUUUCCUUUCCUUUCCAAAAAUGCAACAUUUUUUAUAUGAAAAUAAAAAAAGCCUAAAAGGAACUCUUUUGGAGUACUAAAAACAGCAUUAUGGCAAUGGAAACAUUGUAAUUAUGUUUUCCCCAGAGGGAACAUUGAACGUUCCAUAGAGUAAUGAGUAUGAAAGAACAUGCAAAGCAAGAAUAUUUGUACUUAUUUAAAUGACAUCUGAAAUGCAUGCAGCUAUUCUUCCGAACAGGGAUUUUGGUAAUUGAGGCUGUUUCGACCAAACAUUAUUUUAGAAAAAGAGCCUUUCAGUGCUUUCACAACAACUGGAUGAAUAAUGUUUACAUUUACAAAUCAAAGACAAAAAAAAAAAGCAUUUUGGGAAAAGAACCGUAUUUAUAAAAUCAGUUGCAUUAUGUGUUGUAAAAAUAUUCUUUUUUUUUUUUUUUGAUGAUGUUGUUUUAUUGUUUGUUUAUCUUGUUUUGCAACAGCUGCAAUAACUGUGUGUUUGCUACAUAAAAAGUCUGUAUUUAUUUUCUAAUUUUUAACAUUUAGCCGACGAAAGUAUGUUUUGACACUGGGAAAUAAUAUCUGUGCAUACAGAUUGAUAUUUCAUUCUGUUACUUUGUGUUUAUUGAAAACAAAAAACAUGCGUUUGAGCAAGGGUAAUAGCUAUAUUAGCUCAGUGGUAUUUUUUUCUACCAGAAAGAUUUUUAAAGAACCCUGAGUCUGGAAACUGCAUGAUAACUGAUUGUAAUUGGUCUUGAAUGCUUGCAAUGUUACGCUUAUUAUUUUGUAGUGCUGGUGGUGUCGAUAUUGAUGUUUAACACAAGUAAAAAAAUACUGUAUAUUUGGGAUAAAGUCAUUGUAAGAGAAGAAGCCCCAUCCUUACACAUAAACAUUUAUAUGACAGAUACUCUUCAGAAUGCGAGUAUGUGUGUUUUUUAAAGCUUAGGCUUAUUCGGUAAGCUAUUCAGAAUUGCAUCUAUCUUUCUACUUAUUUUUAAAGCCUAACAUCACCCUUUCCCCAUUUAAUUGACUGCUGGUAUAAAAAAUAAAAAUAAAAAAAUACUUAACUGAA